AUGAGUGCUGAAAGUGCAUGUGCUAUUUAUGUCAAGAGCUGGAAUAACAAGUUUGCUCUCUCACUCUGUUUUUGUGGUGCCACCCAUUCAAGUUACGUCUUGCUUGCUUAGGUAGAAGCAUUCGUCUGUGGUAACUUCUCAGAGUUAAUGGAGAGCUUCAAGCCGUAUUAUUUAACUCAUCUGACAGAAGAAAUACCAGCUGCUUUCCGAGAUCCAGUUAAGUCAUCUCAUCCUGUUGGAGAUAUGCAUGAAACCAGUAGGGAUGGUCUAGGGGGAGGUCAUGUUUCUGCGAUACAGGAUGAAGCAAGCGUUCCAGGUACAAACACAGAACUGUUGAGGCCAGCUCCAUCCACGCUUAACGAGAGAGAUGAACAGCUAGAAGGCAGUAAUAAUAGCAGUGUGAUGGAGCAAACUAAUGGAAUAGAACAACUGAGCCUGGAGUCAAAAGAUCAAUCUUUAAGCAAGCCUAUUCGGGCGUACUUAGAUGAAGGUCUGCCGGAUCUGCUCAGGAGUGGGAGUCCUCUCCGGAGAAGAGUAUCAAGCCCAAUGUCAGACACGUUAAAGCAGAUGCGCCGGGACGUGGAACUUUCUCGGCGUAGGAGUAUAAGACUGAAGGCUCAAGUGGAUAAACUUCAGGAGCAGAGUCAAGAUGGGCUUGUCUGGAGUCAGCACAGAGAACGGGUGACCGAGGAAAUUCAGUCCAUUGUAAAGCUCCUGAUCCCACUGACUGGUUCAGAGACAACAGCAGAUUUGCCCUCUGAAAGCAACUCACUGGAUAAUGCGCUGACUCAGUUGAAGACUGUUGCACGUACACUCGCUCUCAACCACGCAUCUCAGGGAACAGCUAAAAAUGGGACGACAGAUGAUGUCGGUGUAUUACAACAAGCUCUACGUGACCGAGAUGAUGCUCUUGCAAAGAAAAAAGCCAUGGAGACAGAGCUCCUGAAAUGCAAGAACGAACUGAUGUCACUGAACAAUCAGCUCCUGGAGGCGGUGCAGCGACGACUGGAGAUGGCUGUCGAGCUGGAGGCCUGGAAGGAUGAUGUGCAGACCAUCCUUCACCACCAGCUCCUGAGUCAGCAGCAGGCAGAACAGACCCAGAAGAAGUCCAGAGGUUUUGGCGUACUGCGACGCUCCAAACAGCCUAGUCCACUCCAGUCUCCAGUCCUGAGUCGGGCAUCUUCUCCUGCCUCUCGUUCCCCUAACACACCUGUGGCCCAGCGCUGGAAAGACAGACUGAUACGAGGACGUGCCAGUCAGCCUUCCUCUCCAGUCCUCAGCCAGCCAGAAAGCCCGUUCCAACUGGAUUCUUCAGGCAGCAGCAAAGACGAUAGUUUCCAAUCAGUCUCUCUUGACUAAGCAUUACUUAGUUAAUUUGUAUUAUAGACUACACAACUGUCUAAAAAACCUGAAGGUGUCAACUGCUGCUGAUUUCUCGUGAGUGUGUUGUUUUGGGAAUACAAAAUCUAUCUACAGAUUAGCUUGUGUGUUACUUGGUGCCAUAUUCCCGUAAACUGCUAUGCACAAAUUCUUUUGUUGUAAAUUAUACAGUAUAUACUUUUUAAAUAUGUAGAGAAUAAAAUGACUUUUAUCUAUAGAAACAUU